AUGGUCGAGGAGAGCUUCGUGAUUGCCAAGUACGAUUACGAAGCGCAGGAGCCGCACGAGCUGGGGAUCGCGCGAGGCGAACGCCUCAAAUUGAUCGAUAACUCGCAUAAUUGGUGGAAAGUAAGUUAAUUUUGCAAAUUUUGAACGCUAAAAAUUAUUUUUUAAUUACUUUCCCACCUCUGUAAUCCAUUUUCAGCCAUAUUCUGACAUUUUUUGCAAAAAAAAUUCAAAUUUUUGAAUUCCCGCCAAAUUUGGCAUUGUGUUGUAAUGGUCGCUAUGGCGAUAAAAACCUCCGAAAAGUAAAUUUAAGUGCUCAAUGAGGUCUGUAAAAAGCUAAUUCAGCUAGAAAUCGAUUAUUUCGAAGAGUUUUUUGAUAUUAUUCAUGAAAAAAUUGGGUCAAAAAAUUUCCGGUUUAUGCCUAAUUUUUGACCUUCUAGAGUCCAAUUUCCCGCCGAAUGCACUCUAGACGCGCUGUUAAUAUAAUAUAUUUGUUUUGGCCAUGCGGUUUUCGAGAGGGAUUUUCACGGUUUCCCGCGGGGUUUCGAAUUUCCCAAGGCGAAAAGGCCAGGUAAUUAGUGCGAUUAAUACCUGGUCAUGCGGAAAAGACAAGUCGGAAAGGGCUCAGAAUUUGUUUUUGAGACGUUUUGGAUAUAAAAAAAUGGAAUUUUUGGAAAUUUUUUAUAUUAUCCAUGAAAAUUUUUUGAUGAUUUUUGACGAAAUUUUAGUUGAAAAUGGUCGGAAAUGCAAUGAAAUUACUAAAUAAAUUAUUUAACUGGCUUUUCGAACUUUAUUUUAUCAAAAAUUGAGAUUUUUAUUCCGAUUUUUAUAUUAUCCAUGGCAAAUUUGAUGAAAAUUUUUCAAAAUUUUGAUCAAAAAAGCUUUCGAAAGCCUCAAAAUAGCUUAAAAAUUUGUAAAAUAAAAUCUGUCAUCCCUAUUUUAUCGUUUAGUAACUUUUUCAACCACUUUAUUAUACAGGGUGGGCCACUCGAAACUCCCAACCUCUUUUUAGGUAUUUCUCCGCCAAUAAUGCACCAAUUUCUAUAAAAUUUAUAUCAAAUUGAAGCUGAGACACCCCAUUUCUUGUCCACCAAAUAUGGCUUGUCUAACUUCACGGAGGCACCCGCAUUGACCUUCUAAAUUUUCAUUCCAAAUUUUGGAGCCCGAAAUCGGUGAAACAUAGAAAAUUUUUGGAAUGAUUUCCAGUUGAGUUUCUCGGAAUUGGAAAAUGUUCGCGCCUUUGACUAAAUAAAACUCUUAUAAGCAGCAGAAAAAAAUGAUGGCAGUCAACGGAAUAGUCAAAAUUAUUCUUCAAGGCGUUGCUUUCGUGUUCUGGGGCGAUAGGCUUAAUUAUUCGAAAUUUUUCAAAAUGUUAAAAAAUGGGCGAAACAGUCUACAUGCAUGACGACAUCCAUCCCGAAGAUGCAUAGAAACUUUCCAGGCUUAGAUUGCCCGAGAAAACAGCUUUUGUUCUUAUUCGCCCAAAUUGGUACCUCACCUGAUUGAAAUAUGGGUUUAACACACUUGGUACGGACGUAAACUUUAAUGUUUUAAAAAAUUUUCCGCGAAUUUGUCGACUUUUUUCUUGCCGGUAAUCCAAAAAUUUUCUAAGUCCGAGAAGCUCAACUAAAAAUCAUUCCAAAAAAUUUCUAAGUUUCACCGAUUUCGGGCUCCAAAAUUUGGAAUGAAAAUUUAGAAGGUCAAUGCGGGUGCCUCCGUGAAGUUAGACAAGCCAUAUUUGGUGGACAAGAAAUGGGGUGUCUCAGCUUCAAUUUUAUAUAAAUUUUAUAGAAAUUGGUGCAUUAUUGGCGGAGAAAUACCUAAAAAGAGGUUGGGAGUUUCGAGUGGCCCACCCUGUAUAAAAAAAUAAAAAAAUCUUUAUUAUAUUUUCCAUGACAUUUUCCCCGUUUUUUCGGCCGAACGCCCAGAACAAAACCUAAUUUUCGCAGUUUCCUCGGCCCUUUUUUCUUUUCUCAUCCAUUUUUGUCACAAAAAAUGGACAAAAUGCCGUCGGACGAAUGUUUUUCGAGCGCAGAAUUGACUCUCUAAGCAUGUCCAAAUCGACUUCUUUACGAUUGCACCAUGCAGUCGGACUGGAGAAAAUUUUUUGGAUUGCACUGUGCAGUCGAAGUUUUUCGGCGUUUGCACUGUGCAAAAUAAUCAGUUGUCGCGUAUGCACUGUGCAAAACAUGGGUUAGUUUUGCACUGUGCGGGAAACUGUUGUCGCGUUUGCACUGUGCAAAAUAAUUUUUCGAGUUGCACUGUGCAAAAUGUGUUUUGGUUUUGCACCGUGCAAUGGAAGUUUUUUUGUAUGGGAUUGCACUGUGCAUUGGUUUUCAUUGAUUGCACAGUGCGAUAUUUUUUAUAGCGUUUGCACUGUGCAAAAUAAUUUUGCGGAUUGCACUGUGCAAAGUUUGUUUUGGUUUUGCACUGUGCAGUCGAAGUUUUUUGUAUGGGAUUGCACUGUGCGAUAAACUUUUGUCGCGUUUGCACUGUGCAAACUUUUUUUUUAUUUUGCACUGUGCAAAAUCUGACUUGGUUUUGCACUGUGCAAGAACUAUUUUCCAUGCGAUGGCACUGUGCAGUUUCCUUGUUUUUUGCUCCCGCACAGUGCAAAGCACUUUUUGUCGCGAUUGAACGUUCAAAAAAGUUUUUGUUGAAAAUGCACAGUGCAGUAGAUUUUGGAAUUCACUUCUGGUCGCUGCUGCACAGUGCAGUCAAAAAUAAAUUUCGAAGUGCACUGUGCAAUAAUUUUUUGGGCCGCACAGUGCAAUUUUUGACUGCAUGCAUGCAAGUCGACUGCACAGUGCAAAAAAAAUAUUUUUUCCAAAUAAAAAUUUUUUGGAAUUUUGAUGUAUUUUAAUGACUUUGUUGUAGGUUGUGAACUUGAAAGGCCAAACCGGCUUCGUUCCUUCCAAUUUCGUACGCCUCGAAGGUUUUAUCGACCGAGCCAAAGGCACAAUUCGAUCGCUGAACGGCCGUUCUUGCCCAAAAAUCCCCGACCUUGUGGAACAAGAAGCGGUAAGGACUUUUUACAACUGUUUCUAUGGCGUAUUUUACCUUCGAUAAUGGGACAAAGUUAUAUAAAAAUGAGAAAAUUUAUAUUAUCCAUGACAAAUUUUUUGAGUUUUUUGGUUGAAAAGAGGGUGAAAUUGGGUGGUAAUUUCAGUGGAAGAAAUAAUAAGACGUUUUCUUCACGUUAGAUCAGUUUUCAUUGAGUUUUGCAACAAAAAUUAUAUUAUCCAUGACAACUUUUUUGAAUUUUUGGACACAAAACUUGAUUAAUCAGGGAAAUAUAGGCUUUAUUAAAGCUAUGAAGUACGAAAAUACGGUUUUGUUUCAUCUGGGAUGAAGAUUUCAAAAAAUUUUAUGUUAUCCAUGACAAAUUUUGUCAAUUUUUUGCUUAAAAACUGAUCAAUCAGGGAAAUAUUGCCGUUAUGAGAAGCUAGAAGCUCUGAAAGAGCGGUUUAUAUCAUUUUUCAUUAAGAUCUCAACAAUUUUUAUAUUAUCCAUGACAAUUUUUUUUCAUUUUUUUGCUCAAAAACUUGAGUUAUCAGGGAAAUAUAGGUCUUGUGAGAACUUAGAAGGUCUAAAAUACGAUUUUGUUUUAUUUUGGAUCAAAAUUUGAACAAUUUUUAUAUUACCCAUGACAAAUUUUUUAAAUUUUUGGACCGAAAACUUGAUCAAUUAGGGAAAUAUAGGUCUUAUGAGAACUUAGAAGGUCUAAAAUACGAUUUUGUUUCAGUUUCUAUCAAGAUUUCAACAAUUUUUAUAUUAUCCAUGACAAUUUUUUUGAAUUUUUGGACCGAAAACUUGAUCAGUUAGGGAAGUAUAGGUCUUAUGGGAACUUAGAAGUUCUAAAUUACGAUUUUGUUUCAGUUUACAUCAAGAUUUCAACAAUUUUUAUAUUAUCCAUGGCAAAGUCACCAAUUUUUUUGAUGAUUUUUGAUAAAAAUUCGGGAAACUUCCCAAUUUUAAGCCCUCUAAUAUCGAAUACAAUACAUUUUGUAGCAUUUCGGAACAAAAGGUGUGCGCUGAUAACAGAUACAACAAGUUUUUUUGACUAAAAAAUUCUCUGAAAAAAUUUUUUUUGAUCGAAUCUGUUAUUUCAUAAUUUAUUCGCCGCGAAAACCGGCUCCGAUUGCCAUUUGGCGACGUUUCUCUUUGAACUGUUUGAUCUUCCGCUCUCCCUUUUAAUUCCGAAUUUGAAUUGGAGUGUUUAUGAAAAUCAAAACGCGUCGAGAGAUCUUCGAUUCGUCGAAAAUGGUCUGAAACUCCAAAUUUCCAUGCGAAUUUUUGUAGGUUUAGCUUGGAAAUAUAAAAUAUGUGAUGUGCAUCGUAUUUUACACUACUUAAAAGAGGAUUUUAAUGCGGUUUUGGCCAAUUUUUGUCAAAUUUUAGGUAUAAAUUGCCAUGUGGAAUAUAAAAAUUUGAUGUUUUGAUUGGAAAAGUGGUUGUAGAAUAAAGUCCAAGGAAUUUUAUGUCAUGUGCUGGCCAUGAAACAUCCUUUUACAGCGGUUGGACAUCAAAAAAUCACUAAAUUAUAUUGCACUAGACACCUGAUCUAAAUUGAGCUGUAGAACUCGCAAAAACAAGGUAAUCGAAGUAAAAGUGGGACCAAUAGAAUGCUAAUGUGUCGUAGUUUCUGAAGGGAUAAGCGAUCUUGCGAUUGGGAGCGAAAAUUUUAUCGAAAAACCAAAAAUUAUAUUGUACUAGACCGCAGAUCUAAAAUAAGGUCCAGGAGUGUCAAAAGAUAGGUGGAGAUAUUUGGAAAGGCUAUUUAAAGAUAGACUAUGACUUGGAGAAAAAGAUUGUGAGGCCUACAUUAUACGUAGACCUUGUUUUCGACAAGAUUUUAUAGAUUUUUUGGAAAUUUUAGGUAUUUUUUAGAUGAAAAAUGGAAAAACUGUUGGAAAUUGAGGAGAUAAAGUGUCUAAAGUUAUUUUAGAUAGUAUUUAGCAUAAUUUUACAGAUUUUUUCAACGGAUUUGAGCAAAUUUUUUAUCUAUUUUCACGUAAAACAAGGUCCGAACUCACGAAUCCCGCGGCUUUUUUCCAAACUUUUCGUUUUUGUUGUAUGCGAAAUCUCCCCCCGGUUUUACGGCUUUCCAACUACAGCAAUUGCGGACUCAUUCUCCCGCCGUCCGGCAUUCCCAUUUUUUGCGCCGCCUGAGGGCUCAAAUGGACGGAAGAGAGUCUCGGAUUCAGCGCUUUCUCCACCCAAACUUUUCGAAUUCACCCCUCUUGCAUGCCUCUUAAUCCAGAAAUUUGAAUAUCCAAAUUUUGUUUCGAAUUUUUUCGUCCCCUCAUUUUUGAAGUUUUUUCCUCGAAAAAGUCGUGGAAACGGCUGAUAACGACACAAAAGACGGUCGAGCAAUGAAAAGGGAGUGGUUUCGAGUUGUUUACCUUCAUUUGUAACAAACACUUUACGGUUAUUCAUCAGCCACAACAAGUUUUCCACCAAAAACGUCUAGUAUAAUAUCCGAGAAAUUUUCGGCAACAUUUUUAGCUGUUGAAAAUUGGUUUAUCAGAAAGAAAAUGAAAUUUGAAUAUCAUUAUGACGCAUUUUCCGGAAAUUAUAACCGAAAAUUCCGUCAUUCCGACGAAAAUUUGUUUUUCAGACAAAAAAAAUUAUUUUUUGGAUUUUCUCGUGGUUUUUGCUCUCUCUCUCGACUUUUCCGAAUUCCUCGUGUAAUCUCGCCGCCGAUUCAUUCCUUCCUGAAGCCCUUCCUUCCAUUUUCAACCUGAUAACACCCGCAAAUCUCUCGACUCACCCCUUUCUUUGUUUUUUGCAAAUUUCUGUUGGUUUCAUAAGCUGAUGUCACCCCUAAUGGCUUGUUUUAGAUCGAAAAAUUAGUAAUGUUUAAUAAAAAGUUGAAAAAAUUUCGAAACAAGCUGGGAUUUCAUAUGAUUUCACGAGUUUUUAUAUUGUACUAGACCUCACUCUCAAAUUUUGAUAAAAAAUUUGAAAAAAUGUGGGAAUUUCAUAUAUAUUGGGGUUGUCCAGCCUCUCACACCUGCUGAACAACAUGCCGAACCAAUUUCGACUCCAUUCACCGCGUUUUAUCCCACAUGGCGCCCGUUUUUGAUUGCGCCACACCAAAAAACAAGCUUUGUGCAAUAUUAUUCAUAAGGCGUCGUGAUGGGGUUUCGGCGUCUCGGCUCACGCUCGAUUUCAUCCCCCGCCAAACUCUCUAAUCUAAGCCUCGUUUCAGCAGAAGCCGGUUUCCAAGCACAGAAGCGGAAACAAAUCAGGGCAGGUAAGUGGAAGAUUCUUGAUUUUUCUCUGUGUUUUAGGUGAUAAGACUGUCUGAUCGGGCUGAAAAUUGAAGAAUAUUCCUCUCUGUUUCUAGUAAAACCAUUGAAUUGAAAAAGUUUUCGGGAAAACUUUGAGAUUUUGACAAAAAUACCUUGCUUUCGAUGUUGUACUAGAAAAAAUGUCGGAAUCAACUCAAAAUUAAAGUGGAGUCUAAUUAAAGUGUUUGUAAUAGAUGCUUUCUGAAAUCAUUUAUCUGAUUCACUUGUUUUUUUAACUAGUUUUUGCGUUCUCUAUCAAGCCGUACAUCCAUUUAUAUUACUCAUGUCUACCAAAUGUAAUGUCGGAAUUUCUAACUCUUUGUUUCAGAUGACCGAGUUAUUGUGCUACGCCGUUGCCAAGUUCAAUUACGACCCUCAACGCGAAGAUGAGCUGAAAAUAUCGAAAGGCGACCAUCUGACAGUGGUCGAUAAAAGUUCCGAUGGCUGGUGGAAAGGACAGGUAAGAUCUUUCAUUUUUUGUUGUUCAACCUUUAGAUUGACCCGAAAGGCGGUGUAAAAUCAAGAUUGCACGAGACUAGACCGUUGUUAGUUUAAGAAAUCCCGCGGGAAAACCGAAUGACCUUGUUUUUGAAUCAGGAAGAUAAGCAUCUGAUUUAUGAGGGAUUUUGUGGGAGGUCAGUGAAAUUCAGGUGUUUUCUUGGAGAAAAUAGCCGAGAAAUUGCUUGUGUAUAAAUAUAAAAUGUGCCUUAACGUGCAGGGAGUGUUUCUAGAUACUUUUACAGCCAAUAUGUCUGCGAUUUGUUUCGUAACCGACCUGAUAUUAUCCAUGUUCCAUUGAGAUGAGUCAUUUCGGAAAUAGGGUGUUUCUAGUGUCAGAUAAAUCCCAAACGGUCCAAAAAUGAUUUAAAAAUACGCCAAAGGGUUUGUCAGAGGUGGGAAUUUCAUUUUUUCUCUCCUUUCCAUUUUCCCACCAAAUUCACCUUAUGUUAUCCAUGUUCCAGCUGAACGGCUCCGUCGGUUGGUUCCCUUCGAAUUACGUGGACGAAACCCACGAUGCACCUCCACAACACUUUGAACAACCUGCUCCAAUACCUCAGAAUGUCUUGUCCGACAUCCCUAACAAUUACAACCAAAACUUUAACCAUGAGUUUGAGUCCCCGAAAUUUGCAACAAACGGAUUUUCAAACCAACCCGAACGAAUCCUUGAGGUAAGAUGGCGAGUUUUAUAAAUUUUAUGCCUUCUGAGUUUAGAUUGUGGUGACGCUGUACAGCUUCGAAGCCCAAAACGCGGAGGAAUUGUCUUUCAAAAAGGGCGAACGUCUAGAUAUUGUGGAGCAUCCUGCCCACGACCCCGACUGGUAUCGUGCUCGAAAUUCGCGAGGAGAUGUUGGAUUAGUCCCAACGAAUUAUAUUGAGGUAGGCUCGGCAGAAAUUUGGGGCAUCAGACAUCAAUUUUGACAUGAAGAAGAUCAAGUGUCAUGGAUAAUAUAAAAUUUAAAAAAUUUUGAUGUUUUUCAGAUUGUUGAACGAAACCCCAAGCACAGCGCGUUCCAAACCGCCUAUCCCGCAUCGACACCGUCCACCAGCGCCAGACCUUCGUAUUUGUCGUCACUUUCCGGACCUUAUGCAUCUCAGCCUUGGUACUAUGGAACGCUGUCUCGAGAUCAAAGUGAUAUGGAAUUGAACGCAAGAGGAGUGGAAGGAGAUUUCCUCGUCAGAGAUAGUGAAAGCAAUGUAAGAAGAGGGGUUUUGGGGAGAGUAGAGAGGAUUUUUGUAUAUUGGAGGCUAGUGGAAUAUAAUUUUUUAUAAUUAGGCACGGAAUUGAUGGCGAGUUGAACUGAGGAUGGUAUAAAAUCACCAGCAAGGACUCUAGAUUCUUUUUAGGGUCUUGGGACUUAUAAGUUAAGCAAAAAGUGAAGAUUUGAAAAGAUUUCUCGACUUUUAGUCAACUGUAGUAUAAAAUUUGAUGAAUUGGGUGUGAAAUUGAUAAUGAAAGGGUAGUAAAUUCGUUGGACGUGAUAAUAAGGGCUCUGGAUUCCAGUUCGACUCAAAGAUGUAGAGGAAAAAUUAAGAUUUCAAAGCUUUCUUUUAUUUUGGUUCUAGUAUAAUAUAAAAUUUGAUAGUUUAGUAGGGAAACAUGGAUCGAAAGGGCUAAAAUUGGUAAAGCUAGUCUAUUAGUGUGUUUAGAUGGGGUUGAAAUCGAAUAAUUUGUCUAUCACAAUGGGUUGUUAUAUCACAGUGACGGACCUGAUCCAGUGGCAAAAAACGUACCAGUUUACAUCCGGGAAGAUUCAAAGAAUGUAGCAAAAUGUCUCCCUCUCCAACUAAAAAACUGCAUUUUGAAGGGCGUGACGUUUCUCACAUAAAAAGCGGACGAUUUUUGAAAUCGGAGUUUUUUCACUCGGAGAUGGAGGUAUUUUGCUACAUUUUUUGAUACUUCCCGGAUGCAAAAUUGUACGUUUUUGCCACUGGAUCAGGUCCGCCGCUGUAAUAUAACAAGUCAUUGUAAUUUACAAGUUACUCGAUAAAUCAACAUCAACCCCAUCUAACCACUCUAAUAGACGUUCUGUACCAAUUUUAGCUCUUUCGAUCCAUGAUUUACUACUAAACUAUCAAAUUUUAUAUUAUACUAGACCAAUAUGAAGAAAUCUUUUGAAAUCUUAAUUUUCCUCUAAAUCUUUGAGUCGAACUGGAAUCCAGAGCCCUUAUGGAUCAUGUCCAACGAAUUUACCACCCUUUCAUUUUCAAUUUCCCACCCAAUUCAUCAAAUUUUAUAUUACACUUGACCAAAAGUCGAGAAAUCUUUUCAAACCGAAAUUUUUUGCUAAAUUUAUAAGUCCAAGACUCUAAAAGGAAUCUAGAGUCCUUACUGGUGAUUUUAUAUCAUCCUCAGUUCAACUUGCCGUCAAUUUCCUACCUACUUAUCAAAAAUUAUAUGUACACAUGAGAUCCAUCAAAAAUUCAAAAAAAAACUAUUUCAGCCCGGAGAUUACUCGAUAUCCGUCAAAGGGAACGGCCGAAACAAGCACUUCCUGGUGCAGGUGAACACCAACACCGGCUCCUACAAGAUUGGGAACCGGGAUUUUGGCUCCAUGCAAGCGUUGAUCCAGCAUUACAUGAAGUCGCCGAUCUUCAGCAACGAUCAAACCGCCGAGCGCCUCUAUCUGGUCAAACCGUUGCCCAGGUAG